AUGGAGCAGAUGUGGUUGAUCGCGCAGGAGGUCGCAGAAAAGAUCUUUGAUCAUUUCCAACAGCUUCAACCCCAAAUCGUUGGGGCGUUGCAGUCUGGCAUUGACCAAUUGACUCGGCCACCAGACUCCCCCACUGGUUUAGAGCUUCGACUGGCCGAUUUGCAAGAAACGCUGCUGGCAAGGGACAAUGAAUUAGCCAUCUCGCGGAAACAAAUUCAAGAUUUGCAAAUGAAGCUCGCGCGCAAGGAAAAUGAGAAGGCAGCACUUAUGCCACUACGAUCUCGCGUUAGCAGCUUGGAAUUUAAGUUGUUGGAGAAGGACGCGGAAGGGAUUUCUCAAAUUCAGGAUUUGCAAAUGAAGCUUGCGCGCGAGGAGAACGCCAGGGCAGCACUGGUACCACUCCAGUCGCGUGUCGACUUUUUGGAGUUUAAACUGUUGCAGAAGGAGGGCGAAAUUGUUGCUGCACAGCAGGGUUUGCAUGGGAAACUUGAAAGGAUGGAGACUGAGAAGUUGCAAUCUUGCAUGGCUCAAAUCAGUCAUCUAGAGAAGCAGCUCGCGCAGAAGGAGAGCGAAAGGGUGUUAAUGGCGCAGAGGUUUGCCACGCAACCGCAGGUAGAUGGUGAAACCUGGCAAUAUCAAACCAGCCGUGGCAAGUGGAUCUCGUUUCCAGAACCUGCCAACAAAGAGCUCAUUGUCAAGGCCAGGGAGAACCAUGAUGCUUUCCAGAUUGUCAUAGAUGAGAGAACGUAUGACAUCGAAUUCAAGAAGGGCAAGAAGGAAGUAAAGAUCCGCUGUUUUGUUGGUCUACCGAGCUUGCCACUUCAUUGGAACGCGCGGCUUCAUCAAGGGUUGUCUGGCAACCUGAUGCUGCUGAAGAAAGUGACCGGCAAGAGAACGCUGGAGAGACUAGCUGAGGUCUUGAACGGGUCGCGUGCCCGUCAUGACGGUACAGUCUGCAAGUGUGUUCAUGGCAGCUCAAACUUCAUCGUGACUGAAGCUUACCAAGUUAGAAAUCUUCACUUGUGGCGCCGUUACCACCGCUGCAUUCGAUCUAUUUGUGACAAACACCGGCAAUAUGGAAUCUCCCCUGAACACAUCCGCCACCCACCAAGCAAAGCUUUGAUUGAUUUUGCUACAGAUAUCGACGUCGACCAAGCAAGCAAUGAACUGCUUCUUCUACACGGUACACCACAUUUUGAUGUCGCAAAAGUUAUUGCAACAGAAGGCUUUGACCACCGGGUCGCCGGCAAUGGCCUCUAUGGGCAAGGGACAUACUUUGCAGCGCAGACCUGCAAAGCUGCUCAGUAUGCCACCGUGCAUGGAAUGUCAUUGAAAGCUUCCACGCAGCUGGUGGGAACCAUGCUCUUGGCUCGGGUGGCUAUAGGAGAUCCUUUCUACACACAAAGUGAAUGGCACUUCUCACGUCCUCCAGAGAAGAACGGCGUGCGAGCUGAUUCCAUCAUUGCAAGGCCCGGCACUUCCCACGGCCCUUCAGCUGGAAGACAGAACCACUUGGAGGUGGUGACAUUUGACCCUGCGCAGGCGUAUCCUGAGUUCAUUGUGAAUUUCGUAGAGAAGUAGCUACAUGCAUUGCAGAAAACACACCCUCUCAAUGCGGCCAAGGCGCCUUUGACAGAUGUUAACGUGCAUGCCUGCGUCGCUCAAGAUGAGAGAUGAACUUGGUAGGGUUAAGAUUGAUUACAACUUUGCCUUGCACAAUGUCACAAACGACGUUGUGCAUAGUUUGGUGAUUUGGCAAUAGAUGGUGC